AAUCUGAUUUUAAACCAAACCUUAACCAUACUGCUAGCCUUAUGCCUAAACCCAACAUUUAGACCAAAAAGCACGUUUUUGUUUUCAUAAAUGUUUACCAUAUAACCAUUUUGACUGCGUUAUCUAGUGGAAAACUUUCGCCUCUCUGAUUUGGCUCUAUCUACACCGGAUAUAUGUCACGUCUCCAUAGUCAUAAUAUCCGCAACAAGUUCGCAGAUGUAUAGUAUGAGGUUAUGAAGCUAGCUAGCUCGCUAACGUAGGAUGUUAUAGUUGCGAUAUAACCAGACGUACUUAUUAAACCACAAACUGUGAAUACGCAAUAGUGAAUACAUGUACCUUCAUAUAUGUAUAUAGUAUGGUAAUCUAGCCAGCAUUUCAACGUUCGCUUCCCCAUUUGAAGAGUUGUUACUGCUAACGUAAGCUUGAGAGCAGCUUUCGUUAAAUUUUUCGAAAUGGGACGAGGUGGUGGUCGGAAGCGUGGAAAAGGCAAUGGACCUCCAUUUGAUAUGGGCCCAAGCGUGCCUGAUCCAUUUGACAUGGGUCCAGGUUGGUGUGGGCCGCCUGGAUCUUUUGGUCCUUUUCACGGUGGCCCAGGUCCACAUGCUAACUUUAUGGGAGAUCCAAUGAUGCACGGCCCCAUGCCACCUGAUUAUCACGGAUAUGAGCCAGGCUAUGGACCAAUGGGUCCAGGUGACCCCAUGGAUGGAUGUUUAGAUGGGCCACGGAUGGAUGGACCAGGAUUCGGGUAUGGUCCAGGUAUGCCCCUACCAUAUGAUCCGAUGAUGUGCAAUGGACCCAGACCAAUGCCCCCAGGUAUCCCACCCCCUGGUAUUCCUCCCCUAGAUAUGCCGCCCAUGGUUCCGCCUCCGGUGGACAACCCUGUCUUUCCUUCACCCUGGCAAAGCGAGGCCAACCCUUAUGCUGUUCCUCCAUCAUUGUGGCCCGUCCCGACAACAGCCUCCCCUCCGACUGAGACGACUGUAGUUCCUUAUGUGUGGGGACGCUGCCGGGACUCUGAGGUUCUUCAGCCUGAUCCACCCCAGACUGAUGAACAGAAGACCAAAGACUCAAAGAAGGACAAAAAAGCAGGACAGAAAAAGAGCUACAAUGACAAGCCUCCUCCACCUGGAAGAUCCAAGGGGGUCAUCUCAUUCAUAGGGCCAACUUAUGGCUACAUCGAAAGAGACGAUCUCAAUAAAUAUUCCUUCACUUUUGAUGCUUUUCUCGGAGUCCCCAAGAACAUGAUACCUGGGGCCAGGGUGCAUUUUACAGCCUACAAGGAGAAGGCCGGGGAGUAUGCCACUGGUGUGUCUGUACCUCCAGGGGGUACUGAGGAGAUUGACUCCACCAUUAUUGAAGGUUUUGUCUGCAAUGUUAUCCUGGAGCAGCAGCCUGGUGCAAAGCCGAAACCUGGCCAAAUUGAGGCCAACAUCGACGGCAUGUCAAGAGCACUGUUUUACUCGAAGAAGGACUACACCAUCACUCUGUUUCAAGGGGACCAUGUGAUGUUCAACUUGUUGACCGACAUAGUUACCCAAAAAAUUAGAGCCACUAAUAUUCGGCCAAAGACACCACAGACUUUUAAGAUCACUGGAGAGAAGAGGGAGGUGGGUGUUAUAAAGAGCGUAAAGUGUGAUUCUGGUACCAUCAUGGCAGCGAACCAGAACAACCUGCCCUUUGAAACCACUGAGAACAUGAGUCUAACUGAGUUCACCAUUAUGGAUGAGGUGGACUUUACAGUUGUCACAAUCAAAAAUAAGGAGAAGGCCAUCAGAGUAAGGAAGCUGAAAGAGUGCUCAGUGACACUGGAAGAAACCAUGGAGAAGAUAGUUGAAGACCCUGCAGGAAAUGAGAAGUGGAAGCCAGUGGCCCCAGUGGAGGAGGUGUUGCUCCAGAGGACUGUGGUGUUUGAGGACAUUAGCGCUGCGCAGCAUGCAGGAACGGUCAUUAAGGUCUCCAAAAAGCAGCAGGAGCAGGGCCUUUUGGAGGCAUUGGUGGGUGGCACACAGAAGCAGCUAUUGUUUGGAGCAGCUGACGUUCUGACUGAAGCCACCAUGUGUGACGGAGACAAGGUUCACUUUAACAUCUCCACCAAUCGUGAGACUAAGGAGGAGCGUGCCAUCAACGUGGAGAUUCUCUCAGAGACGUUUGAGGAGUCAACAGAGCAACGCAGAACCGGUGAGGUGGUGCAAGCUGGGGAUCUGUCUGGGACCAUUAAAUGCCAUCAGAGCACCCAGCUGCUGUUCUUCCAUUUGACCGAGGUCAUGGAGGAGAAGAAAUUGAACAUCUCGGAGAAGGUGAAGUUCAGUGUCAUUUCGCUUGAAACCGCUGAAGGAGGCAACCAAGCGAUUAGGAUCAAACGCCUUACCGACAGUGUUCUUACCCCUGUUCUUACCGCUGUGCCCAAGCUAAGAGGCGUGGCGGCAAAAGAAAAGAAGAAGAUGACCAUCAAACUGAUGAGAGACCCAAAUGACCUCAUCAAGGGCACAGGUGUCAAAGUAGAGAACAAAGAUGAUGAUCCCACCAACGACAAACCUGCCUCGGAGAAGUCAAUCAAGAUGAAAUCAGUCAUAAAAAUUCUGGGGUCAAAACCUGCUGGUUCUGGAUCUGGUGGCAAAGACUCCGACACCAGCCUAGACCAGUUUGGCCGGGUGAAGAAAAGGCGGAGCACAAGCAGGGAGCGCAAAGAGCAAGGUGGUAGAUGCAAGUACGGGCGCAGUCGCAGCAGGAGCCGGGGCAGGGAGAGGAACAGGAGACGAAGCCACAGUCUGGAGAGAAAAGAUUACAACCAAAGGAGCGGCAGCAAAAAGAGAACUUCCUCGAAAAGGAGCCGCAGCAAGGAGCGAGAUGGAAGUAGUCAGAGGAGCUCCAAGAAUGGUUCAAGCUCAGUAAGUAGAUCUCCAGAUAGAAUGAAUGAUGAGCUAGAAAGAAAGAAGAGGGAACUAGAGGAGCUCAAUGAGUUGAUAUACCGCAAGAGAGCCAUAGUUGCCAUGGAGAAACAUGGUGGAGUUCCCAAUUUCUUCUCAGAAGUGAAGCCUAUGGAGAAGACCUGCUUUGACUACCAUCAUGGAAUGGCAGAGCUUCCUACACAACCUAAACCACCCACUGACAUCAAACCCAAGUCCAUUCUGAAGAAACGCUCAGACCAUGUCGCAGGUCCACUUUUCCCAAUGCAGACUGAACUCCCUAAAGCUCAACCUCUUGAUCAAAGGCUUGUGGAACAAUACGGUUAUGACGUUGAGACGCCCUAUAAACCACACUCUGCCCAACCACCCUACACCCAAACAUCCAGUCAGAAGUGCUAUUAUGAACGUUCACUUGCUGGGCAUCCUGUUCCUGACUUAUCUGCCAAAUAUGAUCCAUAUGAGCAGACUUCUAGAGAGCACCUGUCGCAACCUUCUCCAGUUCGCCAAACACCUCUUGACCCUUAUUCUUCAAAUCGACCUCCCAUUCGAGAGUCUCAGGAAAAGAACUCUAACCUGAACACCCAGCUCGCCCGUUUCCUCAACACCCUCAACAAAGGUGUGGAUGCCGGUCUGCUGUCAGCUAUGGUUAAGGAGUCUCAAGAGGAGAUUGCUGGUAUUCAGGAAGAUAGUUCCAUACUUCAAAAGCCUUAUUGCGAGUUGCUUGACCGUGGGGAUGAAGAUCAGUACAGAGAUGAGCCCUGUACAGAGGAAGAGCCAGAGUGCCCACGCAGGGGUAUCAUCGGGGAGCGAGUGAAGAACUCUGACGACUAUGAUAUCUCCAGAAAUGAAGACCGGCUGCUGCCUCACGAGAGAGCAAUCCAGGAAGGUGGUGGCUUUCCCGGAAUUCUUGGAAUGAUGUCCCACAGCCAGCUAUUGAGAGAAUCUGAACGUGUGGAAGAAGAGGACUUCCUCUAUGGGGGUAAAGCCCCUGCAGCGAAUGAGAAAGAGCACUGUGAGAUACCUGGGCGGUCAGACAGGUACAGGGAUAACAAGAGGUCUUGCUCAGCUAGAGUCCCGGUGGAGGAGACCAGGGAGCAGGAUAGUCGGGAAAAGAAGCAGCACUUCGGCAAGAUCAGGAGCCUGCUCCAGGCCAUCGGCUUGAAUCUGGACACCUCAGAGGUCACCAAGCUGGCAGACAGGACCCAGGAGCGCCUCUACGGGACAAAGUCAUCCAAACACUCAUCCUCAGAGAGAGAGACGAAGCACUCAUCUAGGCGGGGAGAUCGGCACCGCACCACCGACGACUCUGAUUCUAAACACUUCCGGUCAGCCUCGCCAUUCAGGUCUUCCCAGCGGGAGGUGUACCUCAGCCCCCAAGACACCUCGGAAUAUGGAGGUUUCCUUGACCCGGAAGAGGAGGCGGCCUUAGAGAGGGCCAGGCAGAUGCAGAGCCUCACCAGGACAGUGAGCGUCUUGCCCCCCACCCCCUCCUCACAGCCUGGCACCUCCUAUUCCACCACACUGUGGAACUGUCCUGAGAAGACCCAGCCCAUCGCGCCUAAGAGUUGGCAUAGCAAGGGUUGUAGUACCAACUAUCUCUCAUCACUGCCACCCGGUUCCUCAGGUCCCCCCGAACAGAUUUCCCCAGUUUCAUCCAUGACAAACACGCCUGAUGUUCCAGUUGGUCAACAAGCAGCCGGGUUAUAUACUUUUACUUCACCUAUGGGACAAUCCCUUGACCUACUCACUGCCUUGCCCUCCUCCACUUAUGGGCAGCCUAGUUCCCCCAUGAUACCGUUUGCAAAGACUCAGUUCACACAACAAUUAAAUAUAUUGAAUCAAGUGACUAUAUCAAAUCCUACAAGGGAUGUCUUGAGUCAAAUCCUCCAAGUCACCAACCAGUCUAGAUGCCUCAAGGUGAUUGAAACAGUCAAAAGUGUGUCUGGUGCACAGCAGGAUUCACCAAGACAAAAUAUCACCAUACCUCUCCAGAUCAAAACACAAAGCCCUGAUUCUGCAGGUGGAAAGCCCUCUCCUCCCCCUCAAUCACCAGAGACUCGGGGUCCACCAGUGACAGAAGACGAUAUCAAGGCCAAACAGAAGAAAAGGCUGGAGCAGUUUAACCUGCGGAUGAGACAGAAGAAUCAGGAGAGGAAGAACACUAGGAUAAGCACAACAGGAAAAGUUCCCAAAGUUACCUAUGCCAACACUGAGCCUAGGAACGUGUGGAUCUGUGGACACUCGCUUGUAUAUUGGGCAGAGAUGAGGGCCAAGUCGCCUGAGAUUGGCAUGCAGUUGGGCAUGGACCCCAGCAGUGUGCGGGUGUGGUGGAAGGGCACACAGGGCAUGACGUGGGCCCAGCUGCUUCCCCAGUUAGACCAGCUGAAGAUCAAGUGGCCCAAACCGGACGUGGUCAUCCUGCACCUGGGUGGGAACGAUCUGGGUACCCAAAGCCCUGAGGCCCUUAUGUCGUCUGUGAAGAAGGACCUGACCUCCGUGAGGAGCAUUUUCCCACAAUGCCGGUUAGUCUGGUCCGACAUCUUGCCCCGGAUGUCGUGGAGGCAAACGGAGGACAGCGAAGCAGUGGACAAUUUUAGGGCUGCCAUCAACAGAAGAGUUCACGCCAUCAUUGCGGAGCUAGGUGGCACUGCUCUGACCCAUGAAAACAUCACGUGUUGCUCAGACGCAGGCCUGUACAGGCCAGAUGGGGUUCAUCUGUCUGGUAAAGGUAUUGAUACUUUCAACUUGAACCUACAGGACUUUUUGGAGAAGUGGGAGACCGAGGCAAACAAUGUUCCUGAGAUUACUUAAGAAAUGACCAAUUAAUGUUUUUUUUUUAGGGUGGGGGUAUUUUCAUAUCUCUAUUGUAAUCGUUUCCUCUCUGUGCUGGAUACCAACCUAAGGGUUGAUUUAGAUGUAAUGUAACUGCAUUGCAAAUAAUACAUUCUGUUAUCGGUGUAUCCAGUUUGAUUAAAUGCUGUAUGUAAUCUUACUUUUUUUAGUUUUAGCAUAUUGAUGAUUAGCAUGUUCUGUUUAUCCACUAAGUGUCAGACUUUUACUUAUUGUAUACAUUUUGUUGGCCACCCAAAAAAUAAACUAGACAAUUGGGAAAUAUCGUGUUCCUGGCAUUUUCAUUCUGCUCCAAGUCCUUUGAGGAUAGGUAGGGUAGCCUAGUGGUUAGAGUGUUGGACUAGUAACCGGAAGGUUGCAAGUUCAAACCCCCGAGCUGACAAGGUACAAAUCUAUCGUUCUGCCCCUGAACAGGCAGUUAACCCACUGUUCCUAGGCCGUCAUUGAAAAUAAGAAUUUGUUCUUAACGGACUUGCCUAGUUAAAUAAAGGUAAAAUAAAAUUUAAAAAAAUAUGAAACUGCUGCUUGAAUGCCUCUUAUUAGGUAGUGCCUGUAAAUGAUGGCGGUGAAAGUGUGCCAAAAGGAUACCAGAGAACUAAGGAAAAGUCUUCAGUUUAGUGGAAGCUCUUACAUAGUCUCUGUCUUGUCUAAACAUAUACUCACUCGAUUUCUAAGUUCAUUUCUGAAGAAGAUGUUAUUGUCCAAAGUGUACACGUCCAACCGAAAUUCUACACGUAAACAAGGUUUAUUUGUACACUGCUGCUAAAGCUUUUCUAGUGUAGUAGUUAGCUAGCAGAUUAUUGGCCACUCCAAGGUUCUCUUAUGUAUUAGAAUUCCUUUUAUUUCUAAAUUGUCCAUUUGAGUUUUUUCCCCCACUGCUUCCAAGCUGUUAGGUUGUCUGUGGCUGACCAGCGGUAUGCUUUUUCCUCCAAUCUAUCCAGGAGUCUCUUUACUCCUUUCCUAGGAUGACCUCAGGACUAGGUUUUGAACAUCCAACAAGAGCAAACAUGAAGUACAUUUUACAUUUGAGACAUCUUUGGAAAUGAUACAGCAUUCUGCAUCAUCAAUAAAAGAUCUGUGAAAUCAAGUGUUAAUGUACAGUGUACCAUAUUGUAGUAUCAUAUUUUGUAGUUAUGUCACCAUUAUUUUGUUAAGUGUAUUGUGUUUUUGUAUCCAUUUGAUUAAAAAAAUUUAAGUCUGUUCCAUAGGUGACAUUGAGGUGUGCAUGUUAUGACAUAUGACAUUGUGUGCUUGUUGAGAGGAAAGAUACGUAGCGGACAGAGUAUCAAGAAUAAUGAAAAUGCAUCCACUUUGUCUUUCAGAACUGUAAAAAAAAAAAGUUUGACCGGGGUGUGUUUUUUGUGGAUAGUCUCUGUUUGAAAUGUUUCUUAAAAUAAAUGUACACCGCUGCCAUAAG